GGUGAUUCGUCGUGGUUCGUGGCGCGAGUGCGGCAUCUGCAGCGACAAUAAUCACUUUUCAGCUAAUAGCGUCACCGGACAUAGACAUAUUUGUUUCUGUAUAUAACAAUUAAAUAAUACACAACUAGUCGAAUCGUUUUUUUGAUCGUAUUGAUUCUAUCACGUUGCACAAAUACAACAAAUUGUUUUGCGGUGCAUAGUUUUCCAUCGAAAUGAGGCGCAAAAGUGAGAGGAACAAAUCCAAGGGAUCCCCGGAGAAGAAGGUGGAAAAAGCAACACGGAAAUCGACACGGAAACGUGGUAGAAGGGCGACGUCGUCAUCGCCGGAAAGAGAGGAAUUUGAAUCUAAGUCGGUGGAUUCUUCAAAGGACCAAGAGAGCGUGCCAGAAUCGACGACGUCGCUGCCAGCCACAAGGCUCAAGAUCAGAGAGUUGAAAGCAAUAGCGGAAGAAGAGUCAUUGGUGAAGCAGAUAAGCAGCAGCAGCAGCAGUGCCCCUCCCUUGGAAAACCUUGAGGAAGGCGUAGGGGAGGGAGCCUCGGUUUGGAAGGUAGCGAGGGCGGAUGCCUCGCCAGGCGAAAUCCAGAAGCUCAAAUUGUGCAGGCAGCGAAAUCCGUCGGAAGCGUCAGAUAGUUCUUCGUCUAGGAAAAAAUCUCACAAGUCGUAUGAAAGUGGUGAGGGUGACGGCGAGGAGGGUGACUCCGCCGAGGAACCACCUAGGUCACGGAAGCGAGACCUUGGUAAGGAGCGGCAGGACGAUCCCUCCUCCCCGAACCCGGGUCAGGACUCCAAGGAAGAGGUAAGUCAUUGUAGGGAGAUCCUGCCCAGAACCACUUCAGCCAACUUCACCUUGUCUGACGAUAAAAAAAACGUAGAUCGGCUAGCCGACAACAACGCCGACCAGGCUAUUCGUUACGACCAAAACUGUCCUGUCCAGAAGUCGCCAAAGGCAGAUACCAGUGAACAGGCGGAGCCCAGCUCCAAUGGAGAUGAUCUCGAUCAGACGAAGGCCCCCGUAGUCGAGCGACAGGCCUCCGAGGAUUUUGAUAAAAACUUGCCAGAGGGAAGGAAGGGCGAGGAAGAGGUGGAGAAGGUGGGUGAAACUAAAACCGAGGCCGUCGUUCGACUUAACGAGCCGCCUACAGAUGAUAGCCAAGCUGAUGAAAAAGAGGAUUCAAUCGCUCCCGCCGAACCUGAAACUAGAGAGUCGAGCACUGACGAAGAUAGAUGUAACAAGUCGAUUCCACCAUCGGUGACAAGCGAGACCAAGAUUCAAACGAAAAGGUCUGAACUACGAGCGUCGUUGCGCACGGCGCGGCGGAAGCAUCGCGACAAGUAUCAUGAAUCCUCCGACUCCGAUACACCCGAAUCCGAGGAUGAACCUAAUGAGAAGAAGACUAACGAUUCUCAGCCGAGAGAAGAAACGGGGAAGGAAUCGGCUAAGAUCAAGAGCAGCAGAUCCCCGUCUCCGGUGAACAGAUUCGGCUUCUGCGCAGACGUUACAGUGGAUAAUAAAACUGAAAGUUCCAGAGAGAUAGAGGAGAGGCGGAAUAGCUCAAACGAUUGCAGACCCUGUGAUCAAUUACCAGUUAAUUCUCUCUCAGCCGAUUAUAAACCUGCAAAAGUCAAUUUGAAGCGAUCCUUCUCUGUACGGUUAAUGGAAGCUGAGGAGUCAGUAAAAAGAGAUGAUGCCGAGAAAAAUGGAGAAAGCGAAGCAUCUCUCCGAGUCAAGGAAAUACACAGCGUAGCUGAACAAACCGAUGGUAAGAAUGUGCCUCGCAAGCGUCGCUGGGGAGUUGCAGUUACAGCGGAAUCGACCCCAGCUUUCACGGUAUCGACCGAUUCCUUGAAGGCUUUGGUACCCGGUGCAAAGCCACUGUCGAUUACGGAAGUCAGACUAUCCAAAGACGAUGAUGAGCCAAAGGAACGACGCAAAGAGCGGGAAAAACUGCGUUCGAUCAGCGACGACGCCGAGGAGCAGAGAGUUUCCGAGGAUAUUGCAACGACAAAGAAUGAAAAUACGAAGAAGGGAGAUCUCAAACAUGAUAAUCACAUAGGUGCAAAGCGGAAGAUAUCAAUACUGAAAGAAGCACCUCGCAUCAAAUCGCCAAGCCCGUCAUUAGCAAAGGCGACAAACGUACUACUGAUAAAAAACCUUGUUCGUCCAUUUACUUUGAACCAGAUCAAGGAACUGCUUUCUCGGACAGGCACCAUUGUAGAGAAUGGCUUUUGGAUAGACGGGAUAAAGUCCAAAUGCUAUGUAGUGUAUGCGAACGAGGACCAGGCAUUCGAAACCAGACAAGCCCUGCACGGAAUUUCGUGGCCGUUGUCGAAUCCUAAACGUCUUCAGGUCGAGUACGCGACUAGAGAAGACGUGGAAAAAGCGCGCGAACUGUCCAAAGACCAACCCGCCCUUCGUGCUGCAGAGCCAUCUCUGGGUAGCGAUACCUGGCAGCAAGUCUGGGCACGCGAGGAGAAGCAAAAUGCACCGGUCAAGGUGAAUACUGUCCGCGAAUGGGAUUUGGGUAAGGAAGAUGGCCAUCAAAUGAAAGAGAAGGAAAGAGGAAAAAAGGAUUUGGAGAAGAAAAGACGACAAAGAAGUCGCAGCCCACCUAUAGAGCCUCACCUACCUCCACCUGCACGGAAAUUCAAGAAAAAGGAGGAUGACCCACCGCCAGCCAAACUCCUGGACGAUUUGUUUAAAAAAACUAAGGCCAUUCCAUGCAUAUACUGGCUACCACUUACAAACGAACAGAUUGUGGUAAAGGAAGAGAUGCGGCGGCAGCAUAUGGCUGAACACGCGCGUAGACUCGAGGAGAUGAAGCGCGCGGAGAGAAGCAGAGACCCUGCCGCACGUCGCCGGCGCAGCCCCAGAAAAUAAACCCCGUUGGUUUUAUCCAACAGUCGUAUCCUCCCCGAGCGACCCAAGAUUACUUUUACGACUAGACAACAACACGCGACCGACGUUCAGGUCUCAGAAGCUAGAGUCUGUAUAGAAAUCAAUCCAAUGACUUGCCUAUUCCAAGAGACGAUCGUUGCACGCAAGCGACCAAUUAACCAUCUCUUUCCUUUAUAUCUCAACCCUACUUGUUUCCCGAGCCUUUCCUUCGACUUUUUUCAAUAUACAUGCUCCUUACUCGUAACUGUAUCUUAGUUGCAAUUGACGAGCAAAUCGUUCCAAAUUCACCGGGUUGCCGACUUUUGGUGCAUAGACUAACUUGUAAUUCUCGUACGACCGACGCACGAAUCGAGUCCCAUCUCUCCGGUCCAUUCCUCAAUUUCAGCAUUAAACCGUAUUUCUUACAGGUCUACAUCUGUUCAUAACCGUUCACCAAAGGCAGUAGCGAUAGUGAUAUUGUACUUUGAUAACUGUACCGCAAGGGUACUGUCGCCGGCAAGUGACAUGGUAUUAUUUCGACUAAUAGCAUCGAUAUCACUAUCAGGCCCUGGCCUCGAUAAUAAUAAUUUGCCCCCGGUCCGGGUGCGCCGCGUCGAGGGAAUAGGAAA